UUUCAGGUUAUCAUCCAUGGCUUCAAAAGCUACAGAGAGCAGACUAUCGUUGAACCCUUUGAUCGAAGGCACAAUGUCGUUGUGGGGCGUAAUGGAUCUGGAAAGAGUAACUUUUUCUAUGCUAUCCAAUUUGUGCUGAGUGAUGAAUUCUCUCACUUGAGACCAGAACAGAGACAAGCCCUGCUGCACGAGGGUACAGGUCCACGAGUGGUCACUGCCUAUGUCGAAAUUAUUUUCGACAAUUCGGACAGUCGUCUACCUAUUGAAAAGGAUGAAAUUGUACUUCGUCGUGUGAUUGGAGCUAAAAAAGAUCAAUACUUCUUGAAUAAAAAGAUGGUUCCACGUACUGAUGUUAUGAAUCUUCUUGAAUCUGCUGGAUUUUCAAGAUCAAAUCCCUAUUAUAUUGUAAAACAGGGAAAGAUCAAUCAAAUGGCCACAGCUCCAGAUUCUCAAAGACUUAAACUUUUGCGUGAGGUAGCUGGAACAAGAGUUUACGAUGAAAGGAAAGAAGAAUCAAUUUCUAUUUUGAAAGGUAACUAUCUGGAAGAUAAAUUGAACAAUUACGACGAGGACCAAAAGAAGCUGACAAGUGAACUAAAAGCGGCCCAAGAAGCAGCGAAAAGUGCAGCAAAGAAGCUGAAGGAUGCCAGAAAGGAAGUGCAAAUGGCCAAAGAGGAAAAGGAAACUUUGAAUUUGGAACAGCAGCAAUUGCUCAAAGAUAAAGCUAAACUGGAGCUCACAAUUAAAGAUCUAUCAGAUGAAGUGCAAGGCGAUGAUAAGUCAAAGGAUAGAGCUGAAAAAGAGUUGAAAAAGUUGAAAGAAACAAUUGCUCAAAAAGAAGCUGAACUUGAAGAACUGAAACCGAAGUAUGAAGCUCAAAAGAAGAAAGAGGAAGAAUGCACACGAGAACUUGCAUUGAAGGAACAAAAGCGUAAGGAGUUGUAUGCCAAGCAAGGAAGAGGAAGCCAGUUCACUUCUAAGGAUGACAGGGAUCAAUGGAUUCAGAAAGAAUUGAAAUCUCUAAAUAAGCAAAUCAAGGACAAGACUGAUCACAAAGAAAAAUUGGCUGGUGACUUGAAACGCGACGGUGAAAAACAAAUCCAGUUGGAAAAGAAAAUUGAGGAACAAACUGCUGAAUUGGAAAGACAAAGACACGCUAUAGACGAAUAUAACAAGCAGUAUUACGAGCACAAGAAAAAGAAGGACUCAAAUCAAAGUGAUCGAAAUGAGUUAUGGAGGAAAGAAAACCAACUUCAACAGUCGCUAUCACUUCUGAAGGAAGACCUGGCGAAAGCAGACCAAGCAUUGCGUAGUAUGGCUGGAAAGCCGAUCUUGAAUGGGAGGGACAGCGUGAAGAAGGUAUUGGAAACGUUUCGACAGAGAGGCGGCUCUUUUGCAGCUUUGGCCGAUUCGUACUACGGCCAAGUCAUUGAGAACUUCGAAUGCGAGACCAGCAUCCACACUGCUGUUGAAGUGACCGCGGGAAUGAGAUUAUUCUACCACAUAGUGGAAUCUGAUAGUGUUGGUACUCAAAUAUUGAAAGAGAUCAACAAACAGAACUUACCUGGCGAGGUUACGUUCAUGCCUAGAAACAGACUUCAUGUUAAAGAGCAAAGAUAUCCGAAUUCUGAAAAUGCUAUUUCAAUGGUGAGCCGGUUGACAUUCGAUCCGAAAUACGAACUAGCAAUCAAAUACAUUUUUGGAAAGACUCUGAUUUGUCGUAAUCUCGAGACUGCUACAGAUAUGUCCAAAAAGUACAACCUUGAUUGCAUUACAGUUGAAGGAGACCAAGUUUCAUCGAAGGGCACCCUAACAGGUGGCUACUUCAAGAACAUCAGGUCAAAACUCGAGAUUCAAAAGAGUAGAACUGAACUGCAGUCACAGAUAAAAGACGCCGAGAAGGAGUUGGUCAAACUGAGAGAGGACUUACGGAGUAUUGAAUCCGAAAUUAACACUGUCGUCUCUGAUAUGCAAAAAACUGAAACAAAAAAUAGCAAGGCCAAAGGCUACUUUGACAAGCUGAAGGCAGACAUCAGGUGAUGAAAGAAGAGCUGCUGGCAUGAGAGGUACCGAACACCCAAAGAGCGAUCACUGGCUCAUGGCAUCAACCUUGAAGCCAUGCAGCAACGCGAGCCGGUAGAAUCUGAAUUGCAUCAG